CCCCAGGCUGCUCACUGUGUCCUGGCAAACAGUCCUGGGAAUGAGGAGCUGGUUCGCUUUUACUGUCACACCCAGAGAACCAUCAGCAAGCGGCUGGUCCUUCGCCAGGACCCAUCAGUGAAACGCACCGUCUGCAAAAGGUGCUCCGCACUUCUCGUUCCUGGCAUCACCGCAACUGUGCGGCAGAGAGGGCGAAGACACAAGUCGACAGUGGUGAGGUGCCUGGCGUGUGGCCUGACCAAGAGGUUCCCCAGUAAACCAGGCUACAUCCUGUGGGUGGAUCGGCCAGAGGCUCAGCUUCAGAACCAGGCCCCGAUCAUAGCUCACACCCGGCCUGAACCAGGUGAGGGCACAGAGG